AUGAGUGUUAAUACCAAACAACCCAAUUUUGAAAUUGACAAUAAGAAAUUGUUUAAAAAUUACACUAUUGGUCCCAAAUACCUCAUGAUGUCAAGAACAGAUAGUGAAGAAACUCUCAUUAAUGUGUCUCCUUUCUUAAUUAAAAAAGUCAUUGAUAGUGUAUGUGGAGAAAUUGAAAUGUGCAAAAAACUCAGAAGUGGCGAUAUUCUAAUUAAAACAAAAACUGCAACUCAAGCCACAAAAUUGUUCCAACUCAUUUCUCUCACAAAUGAAAUAAAAGUCGAAGUGAAAGAACAUAACUCUCUCAACUAUUCCAAGGGAGUUAUCUACUGUAAUGAUCUACGUGGAAUCCCUGAGAAUGAAAUUCUAAAUGAACUAAAAAAACAAAACGUAACCGAAGUUCAAAAAAUUCUAAAAAAAAAUGAAGACUCUCUCAUCGAAACUGGUCUCAUUAUAAUUACUUUUUCUCUACCCAAUUUACCUGAUGAAAUUAAUAUUGGAUAUGAGAAAACGUGCGUGCGGCCUUAUAUUCCCUUGCCCAUGAGGUGUCGUCAGUGUUUCCACUAUGGACACCCAACAAAACGGUGUAAAAAUAAUAAAAUUUGCAUUAACUGCGGUGACAUAGCUCACACACAAGUAAAUGAACUCUGCCAAAACAACACUAAAUGUAUAAACUGCGAUGAGAACAAAUUAGAUGAUAAGUCCCACUCUGUGCUCAGUAAAAAAUGCCCCGUUUUUCUAAAAUUCAAAGAGAUACAGGCCAUUAAAACACUCGACAAAGUAGAUCACAAAACUGCUCUCGCAACAUACAAACAACGUCAUCCAAAUGACACUGUCUAUUCCAAGGUUACAAGAAGCACUGUAAGCUAUCACGAUCUCCCAACUACUUCCAACAACAACACAAACUACGCAAUGUGUGAAAAUAAGAAGCAACAGCAGGCAAAACCAUCAGACCCCGCACCACCGCAGCCUUUAGUGAAUGCUCGCGACAAACCAACAACUGUCAACAUACUGCCGAAGAACAUAUCGAAACGAACAAGAAAUGAGCUCAAGAGCAAAAGUGCGGCUAUCAACAAUCCAAAAAAAUUGUGCAAAAAUUCAACGGAGAGUGACAACUUAUCCGACGAGUAA